AAAAGAAGAACGAGCAUUCUGCGGUCCUAGAAAAAACUUAUCAGACACGACCACCCACUCUUUCUCUCGCUCCCUCGUCUCUUUCACACUUUUUUGAAAAUUGUUGUCGUUUUCUCCAUAUAUUUAUUUUAUUAUAUUUUUUGCUCAAAUUUCCGUUUCUGGUUUUCGCUCUCGCAAGCAAUGGAGACGGCACCGCCUUGGGAAGACGACUAUUGGGAGCUCUGCAACGACGAUGGCUUCGUCUACAAGCGCAGAAAGCGGCGCUCUCUCAACGACCCGCCGUUACCGCGGGCUCAGACCGGUCCGGAUCCCGAGGCCGACGAGUUGAACCGGCGAGACCGGAAGAGGAAGGCGCUUUCCAAGCUCAAGGCUCGCUACCAGACGGAGAUCGCUCAGUGGGAGUAUUUGUCAAACACGUUGUGUGCAAUGGAGGACACCACGCGCCAUCUCCAACUGCAGCGGGGUCGGACGGCGUCGUCGGAGAUGUCGCCGCCGGUGGAGGCUCUGCCCGGAAUGGAGGAGCCAGCUUGUGGGUUGCUCCUGGACGACCUUCUCUUGCAGGUAGAAGCUCAGGAAGCAAUUAUUAUAAAUGCUUGUAAUCUUUGUGACAUAGCAGAAGCUAUGUGUAAUGCGCAUGAGGAAGAGGCAAAUCAGUCUUUGAUUGAACUCCCCAUAUGGGCUUUACCAGCUUCGCCGCGGGAGCUCUUGGCGUCGCUUUGUGAUCAGUGAGUUCAUUUUAUUAGUGAGAAUUUCCUUUGGCUCUCUUGAAUGAGAUUUAGUAUUUGAGUGUUCCACUGCAAUUGGUGAUCCCUAUCUGCAGAAGUAAUCUUUAGUGCAUAAAACCUUCCUGUAAUCUAUUGUCAUGUAGAAGUGUCGUUUUUUUUUUUUUUUUUUUUCAGCCAUUUGGUUUAGGGGAAAGUUGUAAUUAAUCUAACCAUGCAUUUUCCUAAAUGAGGGUGAGCAAACUGUGCAACUUGAACUGAGCAUUGAUUCUGAGUGCUAAGCCUUGUACCAUGAUGUACCCCCUCCCCCCUUUUUCUUUUUGUGGCCUGCAAUAGUAGGCUGUAUAUACCUGUCAAUUUCUCAAAGUCUGCCUUUAAAUGAGAUUUACCAGCUUCGCCGCGGGAGCUUUUAGCGUCGCUUUGUGA